AUGUGCAUUCAUUUGGCCUCGGGUGUCGUGUGGGUCCAGAAGAGUGUUUGUGUGUAUGUUUACCCGCCUCCAAGUUCUGCGGCAUGCUAUGUAUUCUCAUCUAAUGGCUGCAAGGCGAUACAAAACUGGCUUCCUCCUCCGCCUGCCAGAGAACUAACGGAUGAUGAAAUCGCUUCUCGUGUUGGUCAUGAAGGUAAAUUUUCUGUGUAUGUGCAUGCCUCCAAGGAUAAACCUGUGCAUUUUAGCCGUUACUUUUUUGAUCGGGAAAUUCGCAGUGAUGAGGUUUUCCCUAAUUCCUCGGUAACAUGGGGGAAAAUCUCAAUGGUUGAUGCAGAAAGACGGCUUUUAGGAAAUGCACUCAAAGAUCCAGACAACCAACAUUUUGUACUACUUUCUGAUAGCUUUGAGGAUCCUGGUCCACAUGGAAGUGGAAGGUAUAUUGAAUAUAUGUUACCUGAAGUCGAGAAGAACGAUUUCCGAAAGGGUUCACAGGAGGAGAACAUCUUUCAAACUUAUCUUUGGUUUACAAUGAAGCGGCAGCAUGCUAUUAUAAUCAUGGCUGAUGGUCUAUACUACUCAAAAUUCAGGGACUAUUGCAAGGCUUCAUCAGUUGAGGUCCUAGCCACAUUUGUGCCAGGCAUGGAAGGACGCAACUGCUACUCUGAUGAGCACUAUCUGCCCACCUUUUUUUAUAUGCUUGAUCCAGCUGGAAUAGCUAAUUGGUCUGUAACACAUGUUGACUGGUCUGAAAUGAAGUGGCAUCCAAAGUCAUACCAAGCGCAGCCAUUAACUUCCAAUGACUUUUGCAGUCUAUUAGAGAGAGCAUGCAUGUUACCAGUGAUGAAAGGAGAGAUAUUCAGAUUCGACGUUGCUUGUGGAAUGGAAAUGAAAGACCAUAAGUUGCAGUCGAUCCCAUUUAGUGUAGCUUCUAAUUUUGCAAGCACAUCCGGGAACAAUGCUGUUAUGCUUGUUAGAUACGAGAUUGUUAAAGAUCCAACACGUUCACUUUGCAUGAUGAUACGUUUUUGCCAUCCUCAUCAAUAUAAAUCCGCAUCUUGCUCCAUCAUCAUAUGUCACAACCAACCACAUACAAAAGUUGCACCGAUGACCACGAAUUCCAUCAAUUCACUCCAAACAUUCUGUUGCAUUCUAGCUUCCAUGUUUCUUGCUCUCGAGGCCCGACGUUAUUCUUUCCCAACAACAACGGCCGUGAUUAACCCCUCAAACAAUACGACUAAACUCAUCCUUCCACUCAUCCACCGUCAUGCUAUUUUACGCCCAUUCCCAAACACCACCACCUCAAAUUCUACAAAUCACGCAAACUACAACAACUCAUUGUCCCGCGACAUCGACGUCAGGAGCCUUCUAAUUCCAGACCAAGAAGCCAUGGGUUUCCUUGUAAACAUAUCGAUAGGCGAGCCCUCGGUUCCUCAGCUCCUGGCCUUGGACUCAGGAAGUUCCCUAACAUGGGUGCAGCCCCUCAUGUGCAGGGGUUGCACCCCAGCCCAAGGCCCCAUCUACGACCCUGGGGCCUCCUCCACGUACAAACCCCUCUCGUGCGCCUCCUUAUACCAAUGCAUACAACACUCCGAAUUCUCCAACUGCCGCAAGGACUCCCGGUGCACCUACUCCGUGGAUUACCUGGAUACCUCCCACUCGACCGGCGUUCUCGCCCUCGAGAAGUUCACGUUCGUCACCUCCGAGGGGGGCACAUCCGUAAUUUCGGACCUCGCGUUCGGGUACGGGCAUGAAAGCACCGGAAACCUGCAACGCGUGAGCGGGAUCCUCGGCCUCCAAGUCCUGAACGAGCACUCGCUCGUGUCCCGACUGGGCAACAGGUUCUCGUACUGCCUCGGUAACAUUAGCGACCCCAAUUACCCAUACAGCCGUCUGGCACUCGGCUCGGGUGCUGUAAUCGAAGGUUUCUCGACCCCACUGAGAUUUUUGCAGGAUGGCUACGUGGUGAGCUUGAGGGGGAUCAGCAUGGGCGGGAAAAAUCUAGAUAUAUUUAAGGAGAAUGGCUUUGAGUAUCAGAUGCUGGUUGACACCGGGUCUACAUUGAUUAGUCUGGAGAGGGGUGCGUAUGAGGAGGUGAGUGGAGCGGUUGGGGAGUUGUUGGACGAGCGGUUGAGCCGUUUUGGCACAGACAGGUUGUGUUAUUUGGGUGAUUUGAGACGGGAUCUCGAGGGUUUCCCGCUCGUGACUCUGCUGCUAGAGGAGGGGGCCGAGGUUUAUCUUGGAGUGGAGAGUAUUUUCCGGCGAGAGAAUGAUGAGGUGUUUUGCCUGGCCAUGAAAGUUGCUAUAUCGGGGAAUAAUAUAAUUGGGGCGUAUGCUCAGCAAUAUUAUAAUGUUGGGUUUGAUUUGGAUGCAAAGAGG